AUGGAGAAACUAGAUAUUUUUCAGCUUAUUCCUGUUAUCCUUAACGGCUCCAACUAUGCUCAUUGGGUUGAAGCUAUGCGAGAAUUUCUUAAAGGGCGAAAAUUAUGGCAAUAUGUGACUGGUGAUAUUGUUUGUCCUGUUAAGCAAACUGUGAGUGACAAAUCCCAAGAUGGGGUCUCCAAAUCUAAGGAGGAUGUUGAGAAGGACUUUGCAGAGAGGUUGAAAGAUUGGGAUAGUAAAAAUCAUCAAAUAAUCACCUGGUUCCGUAACACUUCUACUCCUAGCAUUCAUUUACAGUUUGGACGUUUUGAAACUGCUAAAGAGGUAUGGGAUCGUUUGGCCAAACAUUACACUAUUUAUGAUCUCUCUUAUCAAUACCAACUUCUAAAAGAGUUUCGUAGCCUUAAGCAAGAACGUGGCCAAACGGUUUUUGAUUUUCUUGCUCAAAUGGAAAUUAUUUGGGAUCAACUGACCUCUUGUGAGCCUGUUCUUAAAAAUUCUUCUGAUGCUAAGGCAUAUGAGGAUUAUAGGAAUCGGACACGUCUCAUACAGUUUCUUAUGGCACUUACUGAUGAUUAUGAGCCAGUCAGGGCUUCUCUUCUUCAUCAGAAAUCCUUACUUAGUCUUGAAGAUGCUCUUCCUCGUCUUAAGUCUGAAGAAACACGCUUGGGUUUGACUCGUUAUAAGAGUGAAACUGCCUUUGCAGCCACCGAGAGAAAGGACAAAAUCUGUCAAAACUGUAACCGUCCUGGGCAUUCCUUCCCCGAUUGUUCCUCUAUUGAAUGUCGUAAGUGCAAACAAAAAGGUCACAUUGGGUCCAAUUGUCCAAAACUGUUCUGCCAUUAUUGUAAGCUCUCGGGUCACUUGAUUACUGUCUGUCCUACUAGGCCACCGCGUUCGGAUCAGCACAAGUAUCAACCUCGUCCCAACAACUCUCUGCAUGUGCCUGCUUCUACUGCUGCUACUGCCACUGAGUCCACCCCUUCUACCUCUCUCAACACUCCUUCUGUCUCUCCAUUAAACAUUGAAUCUCUUCUUAAGCAACUUCUCUCUUUUUCUAGUAAUACCCCUGCUACUCUUUUCACCCCUCCAGGUAAUUCUAAAUGGUAUAUUGAUUUUGGUUGUUUUAAUCAUAUGUCUCCUUUGCGUCAUCUUUUCUUGUCAUUGUCUACCACCACAAAUGCACCUUCUGUUAACACUGCUAAUGGUUCCCUCCUGCAUGCAACACAUCAAGGGUUUAUUUCACAGUCCAAUAUUCAUCUUCCUGAUACUUAUUUUAUUCCAAAAUUGAAUUUUAACCUUAUCUUUGUCAGUCAACUUAUUGAACUCAAUUUUGAUGUCACUUUCUCUAUUUCUGGUUGUCAUGUACAAGAUCGUCGGACGGAAAAGAUCAUCUGGACUGGUUGUAAGGUCGGACAGUUGUUUGAGCUCGAGAACCUUCAUGUUCCCUAUCUGUCAAAUCUCUGUGUUAUUUCCUCUCCAUCUCCUCUUCACUUGUGGCACCGUCGUCUUGCCUACAGCUCCUUAAACAAAUUGCGUCCUCUUAUGUCUACAGAUUUUCUCGCUGAACAGGGUACUUUGUCUGAGUUUUCGUGUCCUGGUACCUCUCAACAAAAUGGCAGAGGUGAGCAUAAACAUCGUCAUAUUCUUGAUUCUGUUCGUGAAAUGCUUAUUUCUUCUUCCUGUCCUGAGCGUGCUUGGGGUGAAGCUGUUCUCACUGUUGUUCAUGUUAUCAAUAGACUCCUCUCUUCUAUUCUUAGUAACACUACUCCCUUUAAGCAUCUCUAUCAUACUCCUCCUGAUUACAGUUCUCUUCGUGUCUUUGGUUGUGUCUGUUCUAUCCUUCUUCAGCCUCAUGAAUACACCAAGUUUGAACUUCGGGCUCGCAUGUGCUAUUUUCUUGGUUAUGGUUAUGAACAUAAGGGGUCUACCUCAAGUCCACUCCUCGAGGCUCCUCCUGUUCCGUCUUCUCCAUCUUCUAAUGCUUCUAGACCGGAUGACGCUCCUGCUCCUGCUCCUGCUGUCAGGCCUCCUUCUUCCAUCCGUCCUUUUAGGGUAAGAAAUCCACCUCCUCAUCUUCUUGAUUAUCACUGUUUUUCUACUAUUCUUUACCAUCAUGAACCUCAGUCAUUUCGAGAAGCCUUUACCAAUCCAAAUUGGCAGCAAGCAAUGCAGGAAAAAAUUCAGGCACUUGAAAAAGCACACACUUGGGAUUUGGUUGAUCUUCCUUCUGGUCAAGAAGUUGUGGAUAGUAGAUGA